CAGCGAGUUGAGCCGAAUCGACAGUUCAGCACCAGAGACAGCGACCGGGCGCAGCACAGCGAUGGCCAACACCGCGUACGUCAGUCUCCUCGUGGUUGUCCUGGCAACAGGCUGCCUCUCCAAGGCCCUCUCAGACCCCCACAGCGACGGAGGGGCCGGUGUCCUGGACCUCAGCGGGAAGCACCCCUCGACCUUCCGAGCCGGUUCCCUGGGCCGCCGGGCCCCGUCCUUAAGAGUGGACGGGCUGAUAUCGAGACUGAUGCCUCAAAUUCAGCAAGCGGGCCUGUCCCACCGGGCCAACCACUACCAACUGCGCGAUCUCCUCCAUCAAAUGAAGGACAGAGACUACACCGGCUGGAUGGACUUCGGCCGGCGCAGCGCCGAGGACUACGAAGUGGACUCCUAAAGGCCGGAAACCAGGGUCACCGUUCCGAGGAAGUUCAAUGCGCAGCCUUUGGAAACCACUCCCAUCACCCAGUGUCCGGCUGACUGAGUCCAACGCCUCAGUCGCUGUUUCAGAUAGAAACUCGUUUUCAAAACCAUACAGGAAAGAAUUUCGACCUGACUUAAGAAUUAUUCAAAGGUUUGCAGCUGUUAGUUUUACUCUGAGAAUUUGAUAUUUUUGGUUGUUUGAAUAAAUGGUGUACGU